AUGGAGAGACGAAAAAAGAAGGGAUUAGGGAGAAAUGAUACAAGAAUUUCAGAAUUUCUUCUUCUGGGACUUUCAGAGGAACUCAAAUUACAGCCUCUUAUAUUUGUGAUUUUCCUCUCCAUGUACCUUAUCACAGUGUGUGGAAACCUGCUCAUCAUCCUGGCCACCAUCUCAGACUCCCACCUGCACACCCCCAUGUACUUCUUCCUCUCCAACCUGUCCUUUGUAGACAUCUGUUUCACCUCCACCACAGUCCCAAAGAUGCUGGUGAACAUCCAGACACAGAGCCAGGUCAUCACCUAUGCAGGCUGCAUCACCCAGAUGUAUUUUUUCAUGCUCUUUACAGGGUUGGAUGACUUCCUCCUCACUGUGAUGGCCUAUGACAGGUAUGUGGCCAUCUGUCACCCUCUGCAUUACACCAUCAUCAUGAACCCCCAGCAGUGUGUGUUACUGGUUCUGUUUUCCUGGAUCCUGAGUGUCCUAGUUUCACUAAUACAUAGUUUAAUGGUGCUGCGAUUGUCCUUCUAUACACAGGUGAAAAUUUCCCACUUUUUCUGUGAAAUUAAUCAAGUAGUCCACCUUGCCUGCUCUGACACAUUUAUUAAUCUCAUGGUGAUCUAUUUUGCAUCUGUGCUGCUGGGUGGUGGUCCCCUCACUGGGAUCCUUUACUCUUACUCUAAGAUAGUUUCCUCCAUAUCUAAAAUUUCAUCAGCUCAGGGGAAGCACAAAGCGUUUUCUACCUGUUUCUCUCACCUCUCAGUUGUCUCCUUAUUUUAUUGCACAAGUAUAGGUGUGUCCCUUAGUUCUGCUGCUACCCACAGCUCACACUCGAUUGCAACAGCCUCAGUGAUGUACACUGUGGUCACCCCCAUGCUGAACCCCUUCAUCUACAGUCUGAGGAAUAAAGACAUAAAGAGGGCUCUGAGACUAUCAAAUGAUCAACUGUCCGUACAUUGA